ACAUCCGUUUUAUUCGUCAUAGGCUUCUCGUCAUUGGAAUUGCUACUGGUGUUAGGGUUACCUGUAUGUCAGAUUUUUGACUUUCAGUCAGUACCAUUGGAAUUGUCUAACAUUGAGAGUAGCUGAAAUUUAACACCUAGCAAAUAUGCUUCGUGCAGCUACAAGGGACCUGGCCCAAAAGGUGGGAAACCAGGCGCUUUUGAAUAACGCUGCUGCGGCUGUGGUAUGUACUGAACCGUCAACCAGACAACUUUCAUCGGGUUCGGAAGGAAAAGAAGGCAAGGGAUUUUUCCAAAUGGUGGAACUGUUUUUCGACAAAGCAGCAGCCCAUAUCGAAGACCGAUUACUCCAAGAGAUAAAGGGAAAAGGCACAUUGGAAGAAAAAAAGAAGAAAGUGCAAGGAAUUUUAAGAAUUAUUAAACCAAAUAAUCACAUUCUUGCCAUAAAUUUUCCAAUUCAACGAGAUAAUGGUGAAUAUGAAAUGAUUGAAGCUUACAGAGCUCAACACAGUCAACAUAGAACUCCCUGUAAAGGAGGUAUAAGAUACAGCCCCCUGGUUAAUGUAGAUGAAGUAAAAGCCUUGGCUGCGUUGAUGACGUAUAAAUGUGCUGUAGUUGACACACCAUUUGGUGGAGCGAAAGCUGGUGUGAAAAUUGACCCCAGAAAUUACUCGGAAAAUGAACUGGAGAAAAUUACUCGAAGAUUAGCCAUAGAGUUGGCCAAGAAAGGGUUUAUUGGUGCUGGUAUUGAUGUUCCUGCUCCAGACAUGGGUACUGGAGAACGUGAAAUGAGCUGGAUUGCUGACACUUUUUCACAAACUUUAGGUCAUUAUGAUAUUAAUGCUAGAGCUUGUGUAACGGGUAAACCUAUAGCUCAAGGUGGUAUACAUGGUCGUGUUUCAGCUACUGGUCGUGGUGUAUUCCAUGGUAUUCAGAAUUUUGUAAAUGAAGCCAGCUAUAUGAGUAUGGUUGGAUUAACACCAGGUUUCGGUGAUAAAACAUUUAUUGUUCAGGGAUUAGGUAAUGUAGGUCUUCAUUCAAUGAGAUAUUUACAUCGUGCCGGAGCUAAAUGUAUCGGUAUAAAGGAAUUAACCGGCAGUAUCUACAACCCAGAGGGUAUCGACCCAAGAGAAUUAGAAGAUUAUAAAAUCGAAAAUGGUACGAUUGUCGGAUUCCCCGGAGCUCAGGCGUACGAAGAUGAUUUACUGAUUGCUAAAUGUGAUAUUCUUGUGCCAGCUGCCAGUGAACAUCAACUAACCGCAGAAAAUGCAGGCAAAGUUCAAGCUAGGAUUAUAGCUGAAGGUGCAAAUGGACCAACAACAUUAGAAGCUGAUCAGAUAUUUAUACAAAACAAUGUUUUAGUUAUACCAGAUCUGUAUAUAAAUGCUGGUGGUGUGACAGUAUCAUAUUUUGAAUGGUUGAAGAAUUUAAAUCAUGUCAGUUACGGACGUCUCACAUUUAAAUAUGAGAAAGAUUCUAAUUACCAUUUACUUCAAAGUGUACAGAAAUCAUUAGAAAGAAAAUUUGCUCGAGAUGGAUCCCAUAUACCUAUUAUACCCAGUGAAGAUUUCGAGAAGAGAAUUGCUGGUGCCUCUGAAAAAGAUAUCGUACAUUCUGGUUUAGAAUAUACCAUGGAAAGAUCAGCUAGGAAUAUAAUGAAGACAUGUAUGAAAUAUAAUCUAGGUUUAGAUCUUCGUACGGCUGCUUACAUCACCGCCAUCGAGAAAAUCUUUGGUGUCUAUCAAGAAGCCGGUUUAACAUUUACAUAAACUGCCAUAAUGAUAUGUCAUUUAAUAAUAUGGAAGGAUACUCGCGAACUGGGUUUAUUUUUUACUACUUUCACUUUUAUCUAUGCAAUACCCCGGCCUCAGGAAACCUGAUGAGAAAUGGAAUUGGGUGUUCUAGAAAAUGUAGACACAAGCCAAUACCUCAGGAAACAUCCUGAUAAGUCAUCACUUAAGCUCGUAAUAGCCCUUCACAAAGCAUUUAGAGUUUGCAAUAAACCUUGUGAGGAAAGGAAAAUUUCAUAAUAAGUGGUAUCAGAUGUUCUAAAAAGCAUAGGCACAAGCCAAUACCUCAUUAACUUAUAUUGCACCAAUGGAAAACAUUUGAUUUAUGAUAAUAUAUUUGUUGUAUGAAAGUUGAUGUUAAAAAACAACUAGAGUUUAUAUAUUUUUCAAAUCCAAUAGAUUUGGACAUGAUGGAAGUUAUAUAUGUAUGAGUCAAUAUCUACGGGUAUUAACGUUGAUCAAUAUUCCCCAGUAAAUUAAAACGUUGAUUAGUGUUAAAUAGAGGUUAACUGUAAAGUAGUCUUGAACAUUUAUUAUUGAGUACGAGUUAAAGUAGUAAAAAUUAAACCUACGUUUAAUGCUGGAAGUUUAUAUAUAUUUGACUGUAUUUACAUAAUGGGAGAUUAUGAUGGAUAUGUGCUUAGAUCCAGUUGAAACUUUUAUUGCCAUAUUACUUAAUGUUAUAAUGUAACUAGAUCUAAUCUACGUCACCAAUCUCCAACGACUUUCUACCUAUAAAUUGCUUGUUAAUCGUACAUUUCACUGAAUGUUGAUUUCGUUUUAAAAGUAUGUCACCAGUCGCCGACGACUUUCUACUUGUGAAUUGCCUGAUAAUCGUACCUUUUACUGGAAAAAUAGCUGGCUUCUGUCAGGUUGAUUUUGGUUUAAAAAGUAUGUUGAAUCUACAUCAUCAGUCUUCAACGACUUUCUACUUCUAACUUGCUUGUUAAUUGUACGGUUUGCCUGAAAAAUUAUCUGGCUUUUGUCAUUUUGAAGUUUAUUUCGUUUUUAAAAAUAGUUAAUUUUGAUUGAAAGUGUAUAUUUUCCGGGCACAUACGAUAACUUAUGAAACAAGUAAUAUCAUCUACUUAUCAACUACUUUAUUAAUUUUAUUGAUCAAUUAUGUACCUGGGGCCUGUUUCACGAAAUUUUAACUAAGAUAAAAUCCAAAUUUUAGUAAUUUGAUUGGAUAAUAUUAGAUUGAUUUUAGUACUAAGCCAGUCAAAAUUGAAGUAUCUACUAAAAUUUGGAUUUUAUCUUUAGUUAGAUUUCGAGAAACAGGGCCCAGACCAAGAAACAUUUGGGUGAAAAAAUACUGGCACCGGUUUAGAUCAUAUCUUCUUGUUCCUGCAGGGCUCGACAAGUCAGGUGCUUGAUAUUUUGAAUGUCUCAGAAUGUACUAAUUGACACUUUGGCCAUGUUUUGGUUUUCAAAUUAUUUUCUACUUUUUGAUCUAGUUGACAUUAAGUAAUAUAGCUGUAUAUCGUACAUCUGUUACAGUUGAAGUCUAUGUCCACCAAGCAUGACAGCAACCAUCGCAGCAAGGGGCCCUUCGCUUGUAUCAACAGUAAAAAUGGGGGAUUAUUCUGGUCAUUGUCCAUCACACUCACACAAAUACAAUUUGUAUGUCAGUAUGGUACAUUGGUACAAAUUUAUUUUUAGAACUAAUUUGGUGUCCCGGAUUGAAGCCAAGUCGGCCCCCUUUAAUCUGACCCUGAUCCCAGGCUGUAGUUAUAGUUGUCCAUGUGGACAUUUGUACAGACAGUUGUAAUUUCAUAUUGAAUAAUGAUAUUAAUGUACCAAGCCUUGCUGGAAACUGUGAAAGCAUAAAGUUUGACAAUUCUAACACCCUGAAGAUAUUGUCGUCAUGCUUGGUUGAUAGAGAUCUUUAGUUCAAUAAGAAUUUGAUGGAUCUGAAUUAUUUACAAAUAUUUAACGUCAUUCUAUAGUGCUAUUUUUUAUUUUUCCCUCCUGUGUUUUCUUCAUUUUUUUUAAACUUCAUUUGUGUAUCACUAUUAAAAAUUAAAUGUGUAAUUUUAUUCAAGGCAGUUGCCAAGGUGGUUUCCUGUUUAGUUAGGCGAUGUGUGCAUAGCAAGAGGAUAUUUGAGAGCACCCCUUUAAGGGUUGGGGGUUUGGGGGGGGGCCUAGCGAUUUAACAUAUAAUCUGUACAUCGUAAUGUUUGUCAACGAUACCGGUGUCCAGAGGUCGAUCUCAUAUCUGUAUACGACGAAGGAUCAGGUUGCUUGUGUAACAGCUUUUGUUAUUCCCCGGAGUUUCUUCAACAGACAAGGAACCAAGUAUUGCAGCCAUCUUAGAAUUGUAACAAUAUUCAAAAUCUGUUAAUCGAUGUGAAAUGGACCCUGGAACAAGCUUACCUAGGUUUAUGUCGAUCGUUCAUGAAUUUGCAGAGCUUUAGACUUGUUUUGAAGUGCGUCGCCCCGAAAAAACAAGAACAAGAUCGAAAAAUAAAACUAUAUCACUCAUAAAGAAUUAAUUACAUAAUUCAGAUUGUUUAUAAAUGAAUUCUUGUUCUAUAAUUUAUAUACUGAAAAUAAUGAAAUUAAUAUAUCUUGAUUAUCUUAAUUUUUACAUAUUGUUAUUCUACAUUCUUUUAGCUUAGAAGAUCUGCUCGAAUUCCAGGAUUUAUAUCUUCAAAACUUUCAUCUUUUAAGGCUACUCAAAUUAAUUUCGCUGAGCGCUUGUUAAAACAUAGAGUAUCUAAUUGCUUAGCUUUCUUUCGGAUUGACGUCCAGAAUUAUUUACUAAAAUUAUCCGAUAAAUUAUGAAUUUAUUUUAUUUAUUUAUUGAAAAUGCUCAUUAAAGUAAUUAUCGUUAAUUUGGGUUUGGUUGUACAAAGCUUCAACAAAUUUCAUAAACUGGAAACAUAUCAAAUUAUUUCGAUUUCAUGCAAACCCAGAUUAAUGCAAGGAACGUCGGCGGAGAAAUCUAAGUAUUUCACCACACCACAUGGCACAAUUCCUGAUGUAUAGUACACUAUAAUACAUUAAGACCAGGGAUCUUAAUUGGCUGUUUUUUGUCGGCUUUAGCCGCUUGAAGUUCAUUCAAGCCGAUUGGUAAAACAAUGAACUGGUCACUAUGGUAUCAUAAAUCAAUCUACUUUCGGCUAAAUUGCAACGGGUUGAUUAUUACUUGUUAAUUUAGUGGUCAAUCAACUUGCUUGUCGGCUACAACAACAGCCAUACCUUAGUGAAAAUUUAAGACCCAGGGUAAUUUGAUGGAGGAUUUCUUGUUUAAAGUUUAUAAAUAUAAACAAAAUUAUGUAAUGUAAUCCAUGUGGCGGAGAAAAUAUUGUAAAAUUUGAAGAGCGGGGCCUUCAUACUUAAACUUAAAUAUUUUAUAAUACAGCCUUUUCAUUGGUUUAGAAUAUAAACUCAGCCAAUGAAUAGACAGAAUCCUUAAAAUAUUUUAGUUUCAUGUUUUUGAGAAGCAGGCCAGAGACUCCCCUUUUCAUUUUAUUUGAUCUCUUCUAUUCCUUGAUCUAUCAUGGCCUGAUUCCUGUGAUUUGUUGUGUGUGAAUUUCUCAGUCCUUUUUAGUCGUGUAUAGAAUCUGUAAUAUCUCCUCCUGAUGAAACGUCAUAUUAUACUGUGAAGAUAUAUAUUAGAAAUUAAUAAAAUAGAUCAUAAUUAUACUUUAUAA